AUGGCGAGACCCCAAGAUACGGCUUUUGCCCGAUUCUAUGGCCUCCCUAAGGUGCACAAAGACGGCGCUCCUCUCCGACCCAUCGUGUCGCUCAAAGGGACUCCAACGUACGGACUGGCCAAGUGGCUGUUCCGGCGUCUCAAGUUCCUGACCGCUGAGUCAGACACCACGGUCUCUUCGUCAGCACAAUUCCUGGAGAAACUCAAAGGGGUAAGCAUCCAUCCAAAUGAGGUCACGGUAUCUUUUGAUGUUACAUCCCUUUUUACUUCUAUUCCCCAGGACCUGAAGAUCGAGACAAAUGAGCUGCUACUAUAAAACAAAUACGAUGAAACGGAGAAUCAUCUUGGACACGCCCAAAUCCUUCAGCUCCUGAAGCUCUGUCUCAGGACGCACUUCACGUUCAACGGGACAAUCUACGAACAGGUGAAGGGCACACCAAUGGGUUCGUCGAUUUCGGGAUUCAUCGUCGAGGCGGUCCUGCAACGGUUAGAAUCGCUGGUCUUCCAACACCACAGACCGACAUUUUGGGCCCGGUAUGUGAAUGAUACCUUCGUCGUCAUCGAAAGGGAUCAGGUGUUGACAUUCCAAGAACAUCUCAACGCCGUAUUCCCGGACAUUCAAUUUACGAUGGAGGAGAAAGAGAACAACCAACUGGCCUUCCUGGAUGUCCUCCUAUGCCGCAAAGAUUGUGGUGAACUAAAAACUAAAGUAUUCAGGAAAGCGACAAAUAUGAUGAAAGUACUGAACUUCAACAGUAACCACCCAAUCAGCCACAAACGCAGUUGUGUAAGGACGCUCUAUCGGCGUGUCGAAACGCACUGCAGUGAGCCGGAAGAAGAAAUUGUCGAACUACAAUACCUCCGACGGGUCUUCAAAGCCAAUGGCUACCCGCGCAACUUCGUCGACCGGUGCAUACGCAAAAGGGACGAAAGGCCUAACCGCACGGACACCAAAUCUUGGCGGGCACUUCCGUAUGUCAAGAACGUUUCGGAAGCUGUCGGCCGCCUUCUCGCACCACUUGGGGUUGGAGUGGCACACAUACCGGAGGCAACCAUCAGGCGUCUGAUCAUGAAACCGAAAGACCCACUGCCACGGCUAGAAACGUCUGGAGUCGUUUAUCGGAUCUGGUGCAGUUGCGGACAAAGCAACUACGUCGGAGAAACCGGAAGACGGAUCCGAACGAGAAUGGCCGAACACGCGCAGCGGUGCGCAGAAAUGACGCCAGCUCUCAGGUUGCGGCUCAUUCGACGAGAUCCGGCCACACAUUCAAAUUCGAUGAGGCCGAAAUUCUCGCAAGAGGUGACAACCGCGUAAGCCGGGAGCUACUGGAAUCAUGGUUUACUGACCCCCAGUCCAUCAACAAGUGCAACGAUCUUCCGACUCCAUACUCCGUGCUAAAACUUCGCCUAGGCGGAGUAACAAGCCAUGCGAGGAGGGCAGAGGUGAACACAUUUCCCAACACCGGGGUCGGUGGGUCAGAUGGUCGAGCAAUCAUCACGCCAACAUCCAACGCACGUGAUGAAAUUGCAGCAAUUAUCGACUCGAAUGUCGGCCAUCAAGCAAUGAUCACACCAAGUGCGACGAUCCCGGAUGAAGGGGGGCGUGAGUGUUCAUAGGUAUGCGGUAGCAUGGCUACUGCAUCCUAUAGAUACCGCAGCCCCUUGUGCAACAACCAUCCGUUUCUGCUUUUUUGUCUCUGAUGAUGGAUUCGAGUAGGAAUCCGAAAAGUCAGGCUAAAUUAAGUGUGCCUAAUCAAAUUCCAGGCAUCUACAAUCUCUAUUGAAACCAUCUAACCGACAAUAAUCUCCACCAGCUCUUUACGUUUCAUCUUCGAAAGGAUUUCCUUGGCAGAAUUAUAUUUUCUUGUAUUCAGUUUCCAAUAAUUUAAUUCAGUUUGAAGUAAACCCAUGCCAUAAGCAAGUUCGGGCGUUGAUUUAGUUGAGUAUAGGUAUGCUUUGGACACAUUUUCUGCUUUCAUGCUUUCGAACAAAGUAAUGCAUUUGCAGCGUCUCACGCGAGCACAAACCAUCCGCACUGUAAAUAGCGCGAUGACAGUUCUCGAGCGGCUAGAGCGUGCGCACAUUCAGCCUCGCGGACAGCCAAUCACGGGCGUCCUCGAGGCUGCUCCCCAACGGACUAACAGCCCAAGCUGACAUUGGCUCUCGUCGCAGGCCGCAUUAUUGCUCACAACACCCUUCGCGGCGAAGCACGUGCAGGUCCUGCACCGGACGCUGACUACGACCAAACUCUUGCACAGAAUAAAGACCUAAUACUGGUGUCUAUCCGCCUCCUCAUACUCCCCUACAAAAUGCUUAAUAUACGCCCACCACCAAGGCCGUCACAUCAUAGACACUGGGCAAAACAAAGGCAGGACCACAAUAUGCACGACUAUGCACUUUUUGUGCACGUCCCAAUAAUUAGAAAGCGUAAUCUGCGACAAAAAAUACACUGCUUUGUAGUUCCCCAUAAUUGGCGGCCGUCUUUGAAUGAGAAUUAUAUCCGGGGAAUGAUCAAAGCAAGAGAAAUUGAUGAUCGUAACCUUGAAGGCAAAACAAACAGUAUGUCUGGACUGUCUUUUCUGAACUGGGAAAUGUCUUUGAGGAAGGCCGGGACAGUCAGUAUCAUGUGACUCUGUUGAAAGACAGUCGGUGUCGCAAUUGUUGACCGAGCUUAUUUCGAAGACAAUGUAAUUGCAUGUUUACGAUGCCGUCGUUUGUCAGGACGUCCGCUGUUCGUGGGUAAGAGAACAUUUUAUACCUGUUGAAGAAUAGGCCAUUUACGUACGAAAUGAGCAUUUAUAUUAUAGCACGAUCUGCGGGCAAUAGACUGGCCUCCUCAAGCCUUUUCCGCAAGUAAAAUAUCGUAGUAACCUAGAAAGAGACGCGACAGUUAGAAGAAAAAAAUAGUUCUUCUGGCGAUGGUAAUUCACAUUUAGACCUAUCGACAGGGUAGCGGCGGUUGAAAAUAAUGGGUAUCAAGGGUGCACUGUUAAACCGCGCGUUCCUCUCAUAGAUAGUUGCCCUGCCUUUUCCAAGUCUCCCUAAUAAAUGAGGAUUAGGUUGGGAGGCAUUAUUUUAAUGAUUGACAGGGAACCGAAAAGUCGUGGUUCUAGCAGUUCGCAGUUUACGCUUUUCUAACCGCAUGGGCGUAUUUCACUUUCUCGAAACUUGAAGGAGGGGGGCGACUGGGGUCGUCGAAUAAGCGGUUUGUACGACGGUUGGCGUCUCUCAUCUCCACUUUCGCUGCAUGUUCGGGUAUCCGCGUCCAUCUGAAAUAAUCGCCUUGUUUCUUCGGGGUUGUUACUUGGCCAGAAACUGCGCCAGACUUUUCCUAUUCUGUCUGUGGGUUUCUCGGCCACACGGUUGGGCAUCUGGUGAUUGCCUCUUUUCUGUCUGAAAUGCAAAUUGCCGAUGACAUAAUAAGACGACCGACUGCCAUUGUGAUCAUCGUUGCGUAAGGAACGAUUAGUCUGGUCUCAUCAGAGCGCGUUCACCUUGAACGCCGGUCGAGGUUACUGCGAUUCGGAAAACAUGCUGCCGUAUUCAAUUCAAUGCGUCUCAAUGUGCCGAUUUAACGUCUUUACACGACUACGCCUGGAGCAGACUGGUAAAAAAUUAGUAUGUCGUAACUGUUGUACUUGAAUUGAGAAAUGUCUUUAGGGAAGGACGCGACAGUCAGUGUCAUUUGACUCUGUUGAAAGACAGUCGGUGCCGCAAUUGUUGACGGCGACCAUUUCGAAGACAAUGCAAUUGGAUGUUUACGUUAGAAUUGUCUGUCCAACGCACCAUAUUUACUGGUAAGUUUGCAUUAGCGGAAAAAUAUCAUGUUAUUCCUCUACGGUGGGCUACCGUUACAGAACAUUUUACAUCCGGUGGAGAGUGUGCCAUUUGCGUACGAAAUGGCAUUUAUAUUAUUAGAGCAGGAUCUGUGGGCAACGAACUGACCUCCUCAAACCUUUUCCGCAAGUAAAAUAUCGUAGUAACAGAGAAGGAUGCGCGACAGCUAGAAAAAAAACAGUUCUUUUGGCUUAAAUAAUUCACAUUUUAACCUAUUGUCAGGGUGGCAACAUUUAAAAUUAAUGGGUACGGAGUGGACAAGGCAUAUUUUGAACACAAUUGCUUUUCUCCCAUGUGGGACAAUCAAAACUGAUGAUCGUACUCACUACGAUUAUCGUUGGUCGUCCAAAUCUGAGUCCCGAAAGGCCGCAGUUUCGUCACAGAUGUUGGCCGUUGGUGUGGUAGUGGCUGACUCUGGGGACUUGCUGAUAUUGUCACUGCAAUUCGUGUUAAACCGUGUGUUCCACUGAUGGAUAAUUGUCCUGUCUAGGUCCAGUCUCAGCAAUAAAUUAGGAUUAGGAAGGCGGAAAGUAUUUUUUGAUGGACAAGGAACCGAAGUGCCGUGAUUCAAGCAGCUCACAUUUUACGCUGUUCUAACCACAUAUCUGGACGCCCACUAUUCAUGGGUAAAUAUGCGUUAGCCGAAAGAGACCUUUCUAUUCCUUUACGGCGCGGUCAUUUUACAGGUGGAGAAUUUGCCUUCUGACGGUGACACAAGGAGGCAAUUGACAACCUCCUUGGGGCACUUGCUAACAAGUAAAGUCGACUGAUUAAAUUUCAUUGAAGUUCACUUGCCCUGGACCGCGAUCGGAGUUACUGCAAUUCUGAAAUCGCGCCUUCCGACUCCGUGCAGGGCAUCUCAACAAACUAAUUUAGCUUCCUUACGUAAUUGCUUCUGUAGCUGACUAGGUAGUUGCCGCUGAAACCCUGUACUUGCGUCAUCCUUAUUGCUUUCUUUUACACCAGUUUUUAAGUCAACACGAUGUAUGUAUGCGUAAUAUUACACCAUUUGUGCGCCUGCUCCAAAAUCCGUUCUUCCUCCUGAUGAUGGGUUCAAGUGUGAACCCGAAGCGUCAGAAAAACAAACAUUUUCUUUCAGAAAACGCGUCUCUAUUUUCUCAAGUAAUUUCUGAAAAUCUUUCCUCGUGCCAAUCCACGAUCUGUUUCGAUUUUGUGAAGUGAAAAUCUGCAGACACAUUUUUUCCAGCAUUGAAGAACUGUAAAUUGCUUCGUGUUUGACGUUUAGGGAAGGUUCAGAGCGACGCCGACGAAGACCUCCACGCCAUGCGAUAACCGAAACUUAGAAAUACUGUUACCUUAAUGGAGUUUGUAGAGAAUGUUGUCUGAUCAUGAAUUUUGCUGUCACAGUUCACUUUGUCGAUUGUAACUGCUGGAGGCCGGGAUUUUAUUAACAUUCGUUAGCUACUUUGAUGCUAGCUAGUAGGCAGAUAGAUUAACAAUUAAUUUUACGCUCUAUUUUAAACUGCAUUACCGCAUUUCCGGUGACUAAGGCCUUGUUGGAUUUUUGAACGCACACUUAAUUGCAGCAAAAUCGACCCUGAUGACUGAAGAUUAGGGUUCUGCAAACCUAGGAUUGAGCAAGAGUAGAUGCUUUCCCUGAAACGAUCGUUUUUAUUUCGCCCAACGUUUCCUAUUCGUGCAUCAACAACAAUCCUGUCAUGUGUUUGCCAUCUUGAAGAUGAGGUUGGAUUGCUUGUCUGAAUUCACCUCCACAAAUAUCGUUCAUCUAUUUGCUGUAUUUGUUACCAGAAUUUGUUACCAGAGACAGAGUAGCUCUUCUAUUCUCUAACACCUUGGCAUUACAGGAUGAAAUUAGCGGGUCGAAGCACUCGGGGUACUUCUUGUAGAACGUGAGGCUCUUCGCGUAAGGCGGGUUCCUCCUAAACGAUGUCUUUCUUGGGAUUUUACGCAUUGUCCUCCUUGAAGAUUAGGUCGCUUUAUUAUUUGUAUUCAUCCCCACACAAGCCCGGUGUCAAGCAAAGAUAAAGGGCAAUAGUUUAUGUCAACGCUCUUAGCAACCAUCCCUUUCGCUCGUCGUUAAUCAGCAAAAUUCAUCGUCAAUAUCUUCAGGCCUAGCCAUACCAAAACAUGAACAAACAAAGGGUCGUGAUGCUACUGCUUAAGGCACACCCACCAAGUAAAACUCUAACCGCAAAUCUUGUUCUCUACAUUGACUGUUGCAUUACGAGAGAAGUUUAACUCAAGGCUACUCAUAAACAUGCAAGUAGGCGAAUUUUCGAGAACUAAAGCCCUGUGCGAAACAAAAUCGCAUCUGCAGACAACUUCAGAAAUUUUGAUUUAUGCUAAACGCCAUUCUACUUGCCAAGAUCUUCAGUAGAUGUGCUAUUAGAUGAAAUGCUGGUCAAAAUUCUGAAAUACGUUUUUAAUUCGUAAAGAUUAGUUGGUUCGGAUCAUAAUAUUAAUUAUCGUGCGGCAUAUUUCAGUCACGACAGGAUACCAGCUUACAGUGGCGCUUUUUAUCAGGGCCCAGUAUAAACUGCACUACGUAAAAAUUAACUACUUAUGUAAUAUGAUUUCUCCCCACGGGUUUUUCUUGCUCCUACAAACUCAAAGAUGACUUGUAAAAACCAUGCACUUAACCGUGUUUUCAGUUACUCAUUUAGUUGCAAUCUAUACCUUCGUCAAAUGUUGUAAUUGGAGAUAUAGUACCAUCUCUUACUUGCAUUUUGGGCAUCUAAACUACAAGCCGGAUGCUUUCCAUGUAAGGGAUAUGACACAUUUCUAUGUGCCUUUAAGACGAGGUGAUAUAAGACUCCUAAAAUUUGGUAAAAGGUGAAGUCUAUGUUGUUUGUGUCAUGAGCAUUAAUUAAACUGCUGGUGCGAUGCCGUAUGAUUGAAAAUUUAACGGUCCAAAGAAACCUCAUAAUCAAACAAUUUUUUCGAUAUCUAAAGGCGCAUAUUCUUUGGGCUAGAUCGCAGUUGGUAGCCAGGCCCCGUAUUACAGGUGUCUGGGAUGUUUGUUUACUGGGGCUAUUUUGUGGGGUUCCAUAAUCACAUCUGACUUAUUUGGCUUCCGUUUUACAUUUGAGGUUAGGAAUAGGGUGCCGGUUAAUGGUUUCCGAUUUUCGGGUUAAGGUUAUGCCUUUAGGCUUGAGUUUUCGGGUUACCGUUAGGGUUUGAGCAUACGAAUAGGUUUCAGUAUUACGCCUAUGUUUUCCAGUUACGGCUAUGACUAAGGACUACGGUUACGGUUGCGAUUUCGGUUAAGGUUAGGGUUGCCGUUAGGGUUAACCGUUAACGUUUAAGGUUGAGGCUAGGGUAAGGGUUAGGAUUACGGUUAAGUUCGUCGUCCGCUUCCCCAUUCCUGGCUACCAACUGCGAUCUAACCAUUCUUUGAUUUAAAAAAUUUACAGAAAGUGUGAUUUUUUAGUAUAAAAAUACAAUAAUGAGUACUAUUUGUGUAUUUUUCCUAUAAAAUAUAUCUGAUUUUUUUAAGGACAUCAAAAAUCAAGGUGAAAGACCAAAUUAUAUGAAUGGUCAUUUUUGCGGAGUGCAGUUUUGCGGUCGAUCGGAAGGAAACCCGGUCAAAGGCCGUCAUCCUGACGUAUACGAAUUAUCUUAGAAUUACGCCGUACGAUAAUUAUUGUUUCAACCGUACUUCAGCGGUAUUUUCGAAUCAGGAACACAUUUUGGGAUUUCAGCUCCAAAAUCCGUUCUACCUUCUGAUGAUGGUUUCCAGUGUGAACCCGAAACGUCAGAAAAAUAAACAUUUUUUUCCGGAAAACGCGUCUCUAUUUUCUCAAGUAAUUUCUGAAAAUCUUUCCUCGUGCCAAUCCACGAUCUGUUUCGAUUUUGUGAAGUGAAAAUCUGCAGACACAUUUUUUCCAGCAUUGAAGAACUGUAAAUUGCUUCGUGUUUGACUUUUAGGGAAGGUUCAGGGAGCGACGCGGACGAAGACCUUCAUGAUUACCGAGACUUAGGAAUAUUGUUACCUUGAUGGAUUUCGUGGCGAAUGUUUUCUGAUCGUGAAUUAUGCUGUCACAGUUCACUUUGUCGACUGUAACUGCAGUUUGUAUUUAACCGUGAACUGCUGGCGGCCAGGGUUUUAUUUACAUUAGUUAGCAACUUUUAUGCUAGGUAGUAGACAAACAGGUUAACGAUUAAUUUGGCGCUGUAUUUCAAACUGCAUUACCGCAUUUCCGGUGACUAAGGUCUUGUUGGAUUUUCGAACGCACACUUUAUUGCAGCAAAAUCGACCCCGCUGACUAAAAAGUAGGGUUCUGCAAACUUAGGAUUGAGCAAGAGUAGAUGCUUCCCCUGAAACAAUCGUUUUUAUUUCGUCAACGUACCUUAUUCGUGCAUCAACAACAGUCCUGUCAUGUGUUUGUCAUCUUGAAGAUGAGGUUGGAUUGUUUGUCUGAAUUCACCUCCCCAGACAGAUACACAAAUAUCGUUCGUCUGUUUACAUUGUUUCUUGCUGCACAGACAUUCUGAAUUUGUUAUCAGAGACAGAGUAGUUCUUCCAUUCGUUAACACCUUGACAUUGCAGGAUGAAAUUAGCGGGUCGAAGCACUUGGGGUACUUCUUGUAGAACGUGAGGCUCUUCGCGUAAGGCGGUUUCCUCCUAAACGAUGUCUUUCUUGGGAUUUUAUGCAUUGUCCUCCUUGAAGAUUAGGUCGCUUUAUUGUUUGUUUUCAUCCCCACACAAAGUCCGACGUCAAGCAAAGAUAGAGGACAGUAGUUUAUUUCAACGCUCUCAGCAACCAUCCCUUUCGCUCGUCUUUAAUCAAGAGAAUUCAUCGUCAAUAUCUUCGGGUCUAGCCACACCAAAAAAAUGAACAAACAAAGGACCGUGAUGCUACUGCUUAAAGCACACCCACCAAGUAAAACUCUAACCGCAAAUCUUGUUCUCUUCAUUGACUGUUGCAUGUACGCGAGAAGGUUAACUCAAGACUACUCAUAAAAAUGCAAGUAGGCGAAUUUUUGAGAACCAAAGCCCCAUACGAAACCAAACCACAUAUACAGACAACUUCAUUAAUUGUGAUUUAUGCUGAGCGCCACUCUACUUGCCAAGAUAUUCAGUAGAUUUGCAAUUACAAGAAAUGCUGGCCAAAAUUCGGGAAUACGUUUUCGAUUCGUAAAGAUUAGUCGGUUCGUAUUAUAAUAUCAAUUAUCUUGCGGCAUAUUUCAAUCACGACAGGAUGCCAGCUCACAAUGACGCCUUUAAUCAGGGUCCCGCAUAAACUGCACUACGUAAAAAUUAACUACUUAUGUACUAUGAUUUUUCCCCACAGGUUUUUGAUGUCCUUACAAAUUCAAAUAUGCUUUAUAAAAACCAUACGCGAAAAUUUGUUUUCUUUUACUCAUUUAGUUUCAAUCUUCGCCUUCGUCAAAUAAUAUACUUGAAGAUAGAGUACCACCUUUCACUUGCAUGUGAGGCAUCUAAACUACAAGCUGUAUGUUUUCCAUGUAAGGAAUAUUGUACAUUUCUAUGCGCCGUUAAGACGAGGUUAUAUAAGACUUCUAAAAUUUUGAAAAAGGUGAAGUCUAUACCGACUGUGUCAGGAGCAUUAAUUAAACUGCAGUUGCGAUGCUGUAUUAGUGAACAUUUAACGGUCCUAAUAUAUCUCAUAAUCAAGCGUUGUCUUAAUUCUAAAGGUGCAGAUGCUUUGAUUUAAAAAAUGUGAUUAAAAUGCGAUUUUUUAGUAAAAAAAAUACAAUAAAGAAUACUUUUGUGCAUGUUUCCUAAAAAAUAUAUCUGAAUUUUUUCAAAGACAUCGAAAAUCAAGGUGAAAGACCAAAUUAUACGAAUGGUCAUUUUAGCAGAAUGCAGUUUUGCGGACCAUCGGAAGGAAACCCGGUCAGAAGUCGUCAUCCUGACGUAUACGAAACAUCUUAAAUUACUUUGUAUGCUAAUUAUUGUUUCAAUCGUGCUUCAGUAGUAUUUUCGAACCAGGAACAUAUUUUGGGAUUUCAGUUGAUAUUUUAUGAGAUAACAUAAAUACCGUAAGCCAUAGCAGCCUCUAUCGGUUUGGCCAUAUUUCAUUUUUUGACUCCACCAAAACUUCUUCAUGACUACUGUCUGUUACUCACACUUUGAUAAAGUUAUGAAUAACCCUCCAAUGUCUAGGUAGCAGUAAUUGGCCGUCAUCAUCUGGAGGUGCUGCCUAGUAGGGAGAAGUAGCGUCAAGGGACUUCAAACAGAACUGCCGAACAAGGAACCAGCAUACAGAGCUGGCCUCGCAUUCCAUGAGAUCAGUCGGCAUUGUGGAAGCGAUAUUUGCGAAAAAUUCUCAACUGCACCCCAGAUCUCUUUAAACAUUUUAAAUAUUGCAUAUUAUUAGAUCAACUAUUUUCAAUUAUUUUAGCCAUUUUUCAAUGCGUUCAAGCAGGAAAAAUUUUUAAAUGAAUCUUUUCCCACCAAGAGUCGGAGAUGACGUUCCACUUAGUCUUUUCUACUUUAAAAUGUCUGCUUAUUGUCCUUUAGGUAGGCAUGUCGGGUUACGGUAGUCGUUGUGAGAGAUGGAAAAAGACAAAGCGAAACGGGGUUUUAGCUGCAAACAGUAAUACUAACGCUAGAAGUAAAUCUGAAGGUUGGACUACUUAUGACCCUCAUAAGUCUUUCUGCUUCCCUUUCAUAAGAAUAAUACUUGUGACAAAACAACUACGUCGGAGAAACCAGAUGACAGAUCCGUACGCUAAUGGCCGAACACACCUCAGCAGUGCGGAGAAAUGACGCCAGUUCUCAACUAGCGACCCAUUCGACGAGAUCUGGCCACACAUUCAAAUUCGAUGAGGCUGAAAUUCUCGCUAGAGAUAAAAACCGCGUGAGCCGGGAAUUGCUUGAGUCAUGGUUUACUGACACCCAGUCCAUUAACAAGUGCAAUGACCUUGCCCUUCCAUACUCGAAGCUGAGACUUUGCCUAGGCGGAGUAAUUAGCCACGCGGGGAGCGCACAGGUGACACUGUUCCCAACGCCAGGGUUGAUGGAUCAUAUGGUCUAGCAAUCAUCGCACCAUCAUCCAAAACACGUGACGCGAAUGUUGGCCAUCAGUCAUCACAUCAAUUGCAACAAUCCUUGAUGAAGGGGGGAGCCGUGAAUAUUCAUAGGUAUGCGGCAGCAUGGCGACUGCAUUCUAUAAAUACUGCAGUCCCUUGUGCAUGAGCCACCUGUAUCUGCUUCUGUCUCUGAUGAGGAGUUCCAGCUGGAAUCUGAAACGUCAGUUGAUUAAAGCUCUUGUUCCAGCGAUCGUGUCUCCUUCUUCAAGAUCAGGAGGUUGUCAUUUUUACAUAUAUUGGUAAUUCAAGUACUGGAAUUGUGAUUUUUAAAAGUGUACCUGUUGGCAUGCUGCACCCUAGACCAGAGUCGACGUGUAACAUUUUAUGAGUUUUAGUGAGCCAGAUAUAUGAUUAAUCAAAUGUGAUUUAAGGGCGGAAAGGAUUGCUUUGUUCUUAGCAACGAACUUGGACGAGACAGUCUGACAUAGUAGCUACAUUUUUUGCGCAUCUCCGGGUAAGACUAUACCCGCAGGAUAUCUUGAAAUUUAGAAUUAAAAUAGCAAACAGUAGUCAUUUUUCUAUGGAUUGAAUUUCAAACAUCAGUCUAGGUAUUUAAAAAGAUGUGAAGGGAUGGGCCCCUAGACAAAAUAACGCGCUCUAGGAGACGAAAUUACCUUAAAAGUAAAUUUAUUCGCCCGAAGUUUCCGAUUCACAAUGGAACCCACUAUCAGUGACACUUCGCGGUAGUCCAACAAAGACUGCGUUUUUUGGGAAAAUUGAAGCUUUCAUGACAGCACUAAAGGCGACGCAAGUAUUCGAGUUCAUUAACAACAACAAUUAAAUCUGAUCCAGACGUAGUUGUGUAAAGACGUUAAAUCGGCAUUUCGAGAUGCACUGAAAUAAAUCUGAAAGCCUGGUUUCCGAAUAGCAAUAACCUCGACCGGUGUACGUGGUAAAUGCGCUCUGAUGAGACCAAAAUAUCAGUUCUAUACGCAAAUACGAUCUCAGAGGCAGUCAGUCGCCUUAUCGCGUCAUUUGCAAUUUGCAUACAAACAAGAAGUAGUCACCAGGCUCCCAACCGUGAGGACGAGGGACCCACAGCCAGAAUAUGGGAUGUCUCGUGCAGUUUAACGGACCUGGUACAGUUUCGGACUAAGUAACAAUGCCGGAGAAACUAGGAGAUUAUUCCAGAUAGACGCGGAUGACCGAACCUGCAGCGGCAGUGGAGAUGAGAGACGCCAACCGUCGAACAGACCGUUUAUUAGACGAUUCCAGUCGCCCACCCCCUUCAAGUUUCAAGAAACUGAAAAAUGCCCAUGGGGUAAGAACAGCGUAAACUGCGAACUGCUUAAAUCAGGGUACUCAUUAUUUUCAAACGCCGCUACCCUGUCGAUAGGCCCAAAUGUGAAUUACCGUCGCCAAAAAAACUGUUUUUUUUUCUUCUGCCCGUCACGGCUCUUUCUCUGUAACUAGGAUAUUUUAAUUGCGGUAAAGGCUUGAGGAGGCCAGUCCACUGCCCACAGAUCGUGCUAUAAUAUAAAUGCUCAUUUCGUACGUAAAUGGCCUAUUCUUCAACAGGUAUAAAAUGUUCUCUUACCCACGAACAGCGGACGUCCUGACAAACGACGGCAUCGUAAACAUGCAAUUGCAUUGUCUUCGACAUGAGCUCGGUCAACAAUUGUGGCACCGACUGUCUUUUAACAGAGUCGCAUGGCACUGACUGUCCCGGCUUUCCUCAAAGACAUUUCCCAGUUCAGAUAAGACAGUCCAGACAUACUGUUUGUUUUGCCUUCAAAGUCACGAUCAUAAAUUUCUGCUGCUUUGAUCAUUUCCGGCAUAUAAUUCUCAUUCAAAGCCGGCCGCCAAUUAUGGGGGAGUACAAAGCAGUGUUAUUGUCGCAGAUUACGCGGUUUCAUUAUUGGGGCGUGCACAAAAUUUGCAGGGUAGUGCAGAUUGUUGUUCUGCUUUGUUUUGUCCAGUGUCUAUGGCGUGGGGGUGUAAGGGUGUCCAGUUUUAGGUCCACGUGAAGGUCUCAGGAGGUCGCUCCCUUGCUUGCAGGUGUAGACUACGCCUAGCGUCCAUUAACUGGCAUGCAAUGCUCGCAUGUGGCUCCCCGAAGCUAGGCUCUGCCUAGCGACCACACCCCGGUAACCGUCUCCAUCGGCGGGCCAAACCAGAUGAGGGUAUCCGUGUGGGCACGGUAACUCGGCCCCGCUGGCCGGAUAGACCACCGACUCGGCGUCUCCACGACGAGACUCCGCCUGCAACGCCGUACGAGGUCACAAGGUGUGUGCACCCCCCUCUCCCUCCCCCCGCCCCAGGUAAGCGAGCGUUGCUCUGUUGGAUUGCCGUCUGGCUGUUUGCCUGUGUUUGUUGUUGUUGAAAACUUAAUGCCCUUCUGUUGAAUCUUUCCACUCACCGCUUAUAUUUCAGCAACCAGUUAGCUUAGAGACGGACGGUAAAGCUCUGCAUGCCCUCUCUACACCCUUUCCCCAUCCCCCCACUCCCCCUUCCCUUCAAGUCCUACGGCGUUGUCGUAGGCAGGCCCAGGCUAACUCGGGUAGAUCUCCAACGAAACAAAAGUCAUGGCCCGUAGUUGAAUUCGGCAGCCCUUUGGGAAAACUGAGCGGCCCUACUAAGGGAGAACGCUGUUCAGCCCUGCGAGGGGGGAGGAAGUAGAAAAGGUGCCCGGAAUAAAUGCUGGGGAUCCACGCCGUUUGCAGGCUGACCGUGGCUGCAGACGCAAAACUCACGGUCGAAACAAUCAAACAAGAAAGAAUACUCUCCUUCUUCCGCCUCCUCUCCACCGUCCCGCUCGCCAGACUGAUAGGGUAGGUCCACUUACUCUGGCAGCCUGGAAUGUUCGUUCCCUUUUGAACAAUCCGAGGAGCAACCGGCCGAAACGGAGGACGGCGCUUGUGGCACGUGAACUGGCGUGCUACAAGGUGGACAUCGCUGCACUUUGCGAGACUCGGUUCUCGAGCAAGGCAAACUGUAGGGGGUUGGUACAGGUUACACCUUCUGGAGCAGUCGCCCCAGGGCAGAGCGACAGGACGAGGGCAUCGGUUUUGCCAUCCGGAAGGACAUCGUGGUACGACUGUCCUGUCGGCCGCAGGGUAUCAACGAUCGCCUGAUGAGCCUCCGCCUGCCUCUCCGGGGAGGGGAAUGUGCCGCCAUCGUCAACGUCUACGCCCCUCUGAUGACCAGCCCUGACGAGGCGAGGAACAAAUUCUAAGAGGACCUACACGCACUCCUGGCGACUGUACCGAAGGCGGGUAAGUUGAUGGCCCUUGGUGACUUCAACGCUCGUGUCGGCACAGACCAUGCGGCCUGGAGAGGAGUGCUGGGUCUUGAUGGCUUCACGACAAUGGCCUGCCAUUAGCAACCUGCUUGCCGAUAACAACCGCCUGCAUAAAGCCUACGUCAACAGUCCCACCAACGAAAACAAAGCAGCCUUCUAUCAUGGUCGCCGUUUUGUUCAACAGCGUCUGCCAAGGAUGUAGGACGCUUGGAUGGCUCACAAGGCCGAGGAUAUCCAAGGUUACGCGGAUCGCAACGAAUGAAAGAUCUUCUUCUCCGCGAUUAAGGCUGUCUACGGUCCGCCAACCAAAGCAUCUGCUCAUCUUCUCAGCGCCGACGGAAGUACCCUACUCGCCGGGAAGAAAUAUAUCCUACAGCGAUGGGCGGAGCACUUCAGGGGCGUCCUCAAUCGUCCCUCAACCAUUUCCGACGCCGCCAUCGCCCGUCUGACCAAUAUUGACAUCGACAUUCCGCCUUCUCUACACGAAUCCAUAAAGGUCGUACAGCAACUCUACAGCGGGAAAGUGCGCGGAUCAGACAUGAUCCCUUUUAAGAUCUACAAGCAGAGUGACCCCCAACUCCUGGAUCAUCGGACCUCACUCUUCAGGGCAGUCACCACCAAAAAUUAAUUGGUAAAAAUUUAACAGUAUUAUUCUGGUGGGUUGUGGGGUUUGCUGUACUUAACAUACGCCAAUCAAAUAAACUUCCUUCUAAAUGCGUUGUUAACGUCCGACUGAACACGCGAGUCAUAUGUUCCGUCGGGAACCGCUGUUACAAUACAAGGAUACUUUAGAUUUUUGCUUUGCGUCAAGUAAUAUACUAAUAACUGGUUAGGUAGACUGUGUACGUUGACAAUGAAUGUCCUUACGCAGUUUCAGAAGAGCAUUUGGCGGGCUCACGCGUGCUUUCCAUAAAUUCCCAUCGGGCCUGUACAUUUAUAUGGGAAAGAGGUUCAAAAUGAACAUGUGAAUGGUAAGUGCAAUGGAUUACGGUUCGACUUUUCAUACAGACCGGGUAUGUGAACAGAGGGGGGGGGGGGUAGGAGAGGAGGCAGUAUGUGUCAGUGAGGGUUAGGUAGAGACGUGUCACAAAGGGGCAGAGGGGACGGGGGCGCGGAGAAAUGCAUAAAGUUAAUCGAUCCUUUCCCACGGCAGACGCGGAGCCUUCAAGAUGUUCUUCCGCGCGCACAGAACCGGCCUCUGUAGCCCGAUGGCAGUCGCCUCUGCUGCUGCUGCUGCUGCUGCUGCUGCUGCUGCUGCUGCUCCUGCUGCUGCUGCUGCUGCUGCUGCUGCCGCUGCUGCUGCUAGUAAACGCUGA